UCUGCAUGGCUUGCUCAAGAAGCACAGCCAAAUUCCUUUUCGCCUCCCCAAGCAACUUGCUUCUCACUUACCGUGCUACCGGCGCUUUGUUCCCACCGAUACCCAAGAUUGCCUCUUGUAUGCUCUGUGUCUUUACCUCAUUUUGACCCUCAAAAUUGCCUACCUCGCUCGUUCGUCGCUUCUAAGGGUAACGUGCAACCGUUUCUACUGCGUACCGGCAUUCGAUGGAAUCGACAGACGAAGUUUCCCGCAAGCGGGCAGAGUUGAGACGUUGUCCCCCAGGACGUCGUGGCCGGGAUGACGCCCUCUUCGACCUGGCGUGGGUCCUUUACGAGAAAUUCAAAAAAGAGCAUAGAAUCGACGACUUGAAUGAGGCCAUCACACUACUCCGUGAUGUUUUGGAACUCCGACCACUAGGGAAUCACAAGCGGGCCGUCCCACUCAACAGUCUUGCUGUUUGUCUUUCAAGUAGAUAUGACGAGCAGGGGGAAAUCGACGAUUUAGAAGAAGCUAUAAUGCGUGGACGUGCAGUACUUGAGCUCUGUCCACCAGGGCAUCCCGAUCGUGGCGCAGUUCUUUACGAUCUGGCAUGCGACCUCAGGACGAGGUUCAUGCAAAAAGCUGACAUGCAUAACCUGGAUGAAGCAAUUGGGCUGCACCGUGCAGCUUUGGACCUACGUCCCCCUAAACAUCCGCAUCGGCCUUUAUCGCUCCAUGGACUUGCUCUCUGUCUUGUGGACAGAUUUGACAAUCAGGGAGUAGUCGCUGACUUCAGAGAAGCCGAGACGGCUGGCCGUGCAGGACUAGUAGUCCGGCCACCUGGGCAUCCUGAUCGUGGCACAGCUGAUCUGGACGAGGCUAUCGCGCGCGAGCAAGAAGCCGUACAGCUACUCAUACCCGAAAAUCCUUUUUACGACUCAUUUCGGCGCUCACUUACAUCCUACCUCCAAAAGAAGAUCCGGUUACAAGCUCCUACACCGUCUUUUGAUUCCCCACCUGUCGCCAGCUUUGACAUUACGCAAAUUGUCCGCAAUGUUGCACUUGAAACACUCAAAACUGCCCCGCCCAGGCUACUGCACACAGUUACUGGCACCCUGUGUAACCGAGACACACAGAUAUCACAUUUUAUGGGCAGUCAACAGUACAAUCAGUUGCAGUCUUCGUGCGUAACGUGCGAUCCGGAUCAAGGAAUGAAACUCAUCCAUACCGAAGUCUUGAGAUACUUUCGGUUCGUUAAGCUUUCUCACCGCUGGGGUGAAGCCGAACCAUCAUUACGUGACAUCGAGGGCCGCUCAAUAUAUGAUAUGCCACCAAAGGGAGGCUUGAGAAAGCUCCAAUCCUUCUGUACUGUUGUUUGCGAGUGGGAUUACCUAUGGGCGUGGAGCGACACGUGCUGCAUCGACAAACACAGCAGUGCGGAGGUGCAAGAAACGAUAGGAUCAAUGUUUGCGUGGUAUCGACAGUCUGCCUUGACUAUCGUAUACCUUUCUGAUGUUCCCGAUACUGGUUCGUUUGGGAACAGCGAAUGGUUCAAACGUGGGUGGACGCUCCAGGAACUACUGGCUCCUCGAGCUAUAUUAUUCUACACCCAGAACUGGUUAUCUUACAAGAACCUCGUAUCUUCGAACCAUAAAGCCGAUGCCACUGUGCUGGACGAACUGGAGAGAGCAACUGGAAUAGAGUCUCAGUUCCUCACCAACUUUUCACCAGGUAUGGAUGACGCACGGUCAAGGCUGCAAUGGGCAUCGCUGCGUCGUACCACCCGGCCCGAGGAUAUCGCCUAUUCACUUUUCGGGAUCUUUGAUAUCCACCUCCCCAUCCUGUAUGGCGAAUCUGCUGAGAAUGCGCUUGGCCGGCUUCUCGCCGAAAUCAUAUCACAGUCUGGGGACAUCUCGGUUCUGGACUGGACGGGAGAAGCGUCGUCGUACCACAGCUGUUUCCCUGCUCAGAUUUCUUCGUAUCAAGAACCGCCAUUGCCUCAUGUGCCGAUGGAGUCUUCGUCGCGGCUGACAGACCAACCCGUGAUGUCGCCCGCAGCGCUACGAACCCUCUAUCGCUCACUCUCUAAAUCGCCCCUUCCGCGAUUUCUCAGUCGUCGGCUCACGCUGCCAUGCAUCGCCUACGCUGUUACAGCGGUUCAGCGGAGGAGGACAAAUCCAUCUGCAUGGAGUUACACGUACAGAAUCCAGGCAUCUGGUCUGAAACCGCUCGAGAUUACACUGCCGAGCAAGUUAGAAAAUGGUGCUCUGCAACUCGUUCGCCCUUGGCACUCGAAGCUACUUGGUCCAUCGGCCGAGUUGUACACCACGACUGAAGAGCAGCUGCUUUUUACGCUGGGAAGGUCGUUUAACGCUCUUCUAUUGAUCGAAGUACGUCAGAACGAGUACAAACGGAUUGCAUCUUUUACCCCCAUCACUGCUCAACCUGUAGAUUCGGCCAGCAUUCUGCGAAGCGCAGUUAGGAUAUUCGAUAUUGUGUAGAUACUCAUGGUGUUAGUGUGACAUCCACAAUUGUGCUAUAGCUGGUUCGCCCGCACGAGUAAUAACUGUAUGGCAGGUUUCGGCCGUCCGUUCAAUCCCUUUCUUAUAGCUUUCCGGAAGAGGACGUAGCCAAUCGCUGAGGACAAUUUCACGUGGUUUGAGGCUCGCGAGGAGUCGCCGUGGGCACAGUGGGGAGGGAAUGAUUGUCUUCCGUCGAG